UAUAGUAUUUGCGUUUUUGCAAAUUUUCAAAUCCGUUUUGCACCAUUGAAGGUUAUAUACCUUUUUUUUAUUUUUAGGAUAAUCAGAUAAAAAUGCCAGCAAAUAUGAAUAUUAUUUUAUUUAUUUGUAUAUUUUGUAUUAUAACGUCGACUUUAACAAACUUUAUAUAGAGAGAAUGUUAUUACAAAUUAAAGUGUUAGAAAUCUGUUUCUCGAUAGAGGCAUUAUAAUCUGCAAAAUUUUAUACCUAGAAACUUAUAAUUCUGACUAUUUCUGACUAAUUGAUCUCAUUAUAUACUCAUUACGAUAUCCUUCGCUGCUUAGUAUAGUAUGAAUAGUACUUGAUACUAAAUUAUAUAAUUGUACUUAUUGUAAACAUAUUAGAUUUAAAAAAGCAAAAAGUCAAAUAAGAAAUUCCUUCCGGUAAUAAAGCCAUAUACGUAUGUAUGUAUAGAUACAUAUGUAUAUCGUAAAUCAUAUGGAUAAAUAUGGCGGCAAAACAUUGGUUUGGUAAACAUCUUAUUUAUUACUUCUGUUAAAAUAUACUGUAUGCAAUGCUGAUCACAAGUGGAAUUUUACUUAAUUUGAGCAUUCUGUGUAUCUUUGAUAUACAUGGAAGCAGAAUUCAGGAAGAAGUAAACAAAUCCGGUGACGUCGUUCCUUUUCUACUUCCGUCUCGAAGGAGGGAACAAUUCGCGGGAAUAAAAGAAGCCGCAUUCUGUCAAAAGUCUGUGUGUUAGUCAGAACUUCUGAACGCGUGUUCACUGUAAACUGAACUAUAGCCUUAUUUAUAUUCUACGUAUGCAUACAUUAUGUACGUAUGUGUGUGCGUAUGUCGCACAUAAGUCGGAACCCGCGCUCGCGAGAACAUAUAAGAAUGAUAGCAGUGUAGCACGUAGGUUUACUUCUACAAUUAAAUAUCGCUUAUCAUAAUAUAUAGUAUAAGAUUUUCGACAUUCUAUAAGAUGAGUCAAGACUAAUUAGUCAGAGAUGUUUUAUGGGUGUGGUUUAGUCUUCCUUUUUAUGUUAUUGAUAAAAAUAAAGAAAUUGAUAUACAUCUGUGGAAAAUAGAAGCAUUUAUUAAAGUGAUAGUUUUUUAAUAUUAUAUCACGCUUUAUUUAUAUAUGUAACAAAGAGAGUCAAAGAUUGGCAUGGACAAUAGUGAUUUAAAAAGUGCAAUUAUUUUAUUGUGAGGCAAAUAUAAAACAAUGUCGCAACAAACACGCAUUGAUGAAUUCUACAAAUCAAUCGGCAAACAAAAAUCAACUGUGAUAAAUGUUAAAAAAUGUGCUAGGUCAAAAAGUAUACCUUAUUCAAAAAGGAGGAAGGAGGAAAAUGAAAAAACAAACGUUUUAUUGUCAGCAACUAAACAAUCGGAUUGUACAGUUCUAUAUGAGAAGUUGAAUAAAAUGCAUGAUGUUAACUUAAAUGAUGCAAAAAUGACUCAAACUAAUGUUCAGAUAGCAAGCAAUAAUGUAUCAUUGUGUGGAAAUGAUUAUUUAGGAGGAAUAUCACAGCAUGAACUUGAUAAAGAAUAUGAACUACCAAUGAUUGAUACAAUAAAUGAAAUACAAAGAGAAACUUUAAAUGAAAAUGGAAAUUGCAUGAUAACAUCAAAUAACAAGUUAGAAAAUUCUUCAAAUUUUAAUAGACAGACAUCACCAAAUAAUAUUAGUAUGAAAUUACAAAAAACACCAGAAAGUAAAUCAAGAAAUAAUAGUUAUAUGAAAACAUCAUCACCUAUUAUUAAAGACAAUUGUCAUUUAAAAGAUACUCCAAAUAAGAAACUAAGAACUCCAGAUAAAAAUAUUUUUCUAUUUAGAAAUUCUAACAGCUCAACACCUUCCUCAACACCUAAAAAAUCAAAUUAUAUUUCCGAAGUAUCACCUGAUAAAUCUCCAAAAGUUAAUGCAAGGAAGAAACUGUUUGGUGAAAAUAUAGAUACUAACAUUUUAAUUCGGGCUAUUACAUAUAUGAAUUUAGCAAAGCAAGAUAAUAUUUCACAUGAGUUUGAUCUAAAGAGUAUAUAUUUCACAAAAACAUUUGAUACAUAUAGUGACAUAGAUAAUAACAUAAAUAGUGAAGUUGCAACAAAGUAUAAAUUAAGUGACAUAAACUUAUGUGAUGAUUUGAAUUCAAAAACUUUAUUUACUACUAUUUUCCUUGUACUCUCUAAUCCUAUUAAUUGUAAUUAUUUCAAUGAAGAUGAACUUGAUUUUAUAUUUUCUAUAAUCACGCUUCCUAAAGACGCUCAAAUGUUAUUGGCAAGGAUGAUAAAAAGAAAGAGGACGUGGUUUAGGAAAAGUAGCAUAGUUUACCCAGAAAUAGCUACAGAAUUAAAGCAUAUUUUUGAAGUUCUUGCUUCACGAUCUAUUUGUAGUUUUGAUAUUAAAAAUGAGAAAUUAGAUACAAUACUUGAAUUAUUGCAAGUAACUGAAAUACAGCAACUUUGUAAAAAGAUGAAAAUUAAUCCUAAAGGAAACAAAAAAAGUAAUAUCCAAAAGUUAUUACAAUUGUCAAAUAAAAAAUCUUUGUUUCCUGGAAUGAAGACUCCAAGUAGUAUUUUAUAUGAUUCAAUUUUGGACAUAAUAGAUUUUUGUGUAUGUAUAAAUUUCAAAACAUGGAAUAUUAUUGAUAAGAUAAUAAUACUGUUGAUGCCAAAUCAAGAUCCAGCAAAUAGUCUGGCAGAUACAUUUCAUAUGUUAUGUGAUAUUUAUUUAGGGAAAAUAAUAUUCCCAACAAAUUCUGGGCAUUAUUUUCCAAUAUUUUCUUCUAGAUUACAUCUAAUGAGUUAUGUAGCAGUCAGAUCUGUAUUAUCUACAACAUUACAAUAUAUAGAGAAAAAAAAUUGGAAAGAAGUAAAAAAUAAUGGCAACUAUGCUAUGGAUGUAUUAAAAAAUUUAUUGAAGGAUGAGUCAUUAAGAUUAGAAAAUUCUAUGCUUCCUAAACAUGUUACUCGUUAUAUGCCAGAAUUUGUCUGGAUGAAAAUUAUUUCCAUAUCUAUAGAGGCAUUUAAAAAGGAUGAUGAUAAAAAGGCCGAAGAUGGAAAAAAUGGAGAUGAAACAAACAAAAAUAAAAAGCGAGUGGUAGAGAUCUUAUUGUUCUUAUUGGAGCAAAAUUGUUAUAUGCAUACAUGUAAAGGGAAAUGGUAUGAUGAAUUAGCUCUCAUUGAAAUGCAUCACCACAAAGACAUAGAAACAUGUGCAUCCAUUAUAAUAAAAGCCUUAAGUACAGAAAACAUAACACAAAUAGAUAAAAUAAAUCUUAUGAAAAGAGCAAGAAAAAUUGUGAAGAAGAAAAAUGGAAUUAAACCAAGCACGAGAGAUACUCUUAAUAAAAUAUUAGGUAAUCAUUGUAUAUCGGAGGAUGUUAUAUCACCCAUGUUCUAUCAGAGCAGGUCCGUCACUAUAUACGCCACAGAAAUGCCAAGAAAUACUGCAGGCAGUAAAAGUACUUGGUGUAUAAAAAGUAAUACUGAUGGUCAAAGUUAUGGAUCGGUAGAAACUGUUGCAUUCCACUAUUAUCAGAAACAAGGAUUCCCUGAUGGAUUGCAUUUGGAAGGUGCAUUACCGAUUACUCUAUUUUGUACUUUGUUUUGGGAAGAAUUGUAUGAUGUGCAUGUUCCUGGAGCAUUUUCAUCACCAUAUCAAGAAGCUCCGAGUGAUUUAUUUACAGGCGAAUUCUAUGAAAAUAGGAAAGAAAAAAUAGAUACGAAACUUAAAAUUAUUGGUAACUUCAAUUCUGAGUUUUUAAGCUCUUUCAUGCAAGAAAAGUUCGCGAAAUUUGGACGAUAUCAAUCGAUAAUGUCAUCAAGUCCAAUUAAGUCAGAUAGUUUACAACUGAAGCAAAUAGUACAUUGUUUGGGAACUCAGGGUGUAAUAGGGAUUUGUAAACGACUGAUUGACAAUUUCAAACUCUGGAAAGCUGGAUUUCCAGAUUUAAUUGUAUGGAAUUAUGAUACCAAAAGGCAUAAAAUUAUAGAAGUGAAAGGCCCACGAGAUGUCCUUUCAACCAAACAACAAUCAUGGUUGGAAUAUUUACACCAUCUUGAACUAAAUACCGAAGUAUGCCUAGUACAAGAUAUACGUCAUAUAAAUAGUUCAAGUAAAAAAGUACAGGACUUCGAAAAUUAUUUAUGAAUGUUUUACAUGCAUUUCAAUAUUUCAGGAUUGUCACAAGAUAUCAUAAGAUUUUGAAUAUAUUACUACAUUUUAUAUUUUCUUA